AGUGUCAUAAACCAAUACAUUGACAUAGAAAAUAAACUAUCUAUAUUACAUCUCAUUUACCUCACCUGAUCUCAUAUCAUCUGAUCUCUUAUCAUCUGAUCUUUCCUUCUUGAAGGUCACGGGGUAAUUCCAUUCACCCAGUUAGUGGGGAUCCUCGGAUUCAACCAUCAAAGAAUGAAAUCUACUGCUUUAAAGCUGAGCACCUCUUCAUGGACAAGAAUGGUAUCCAACAGUACCCCAUACCCAGAUAGUUUUACAUCUUCCAGUUUGAAUAGACCAGAAAAUGAUGAGCCAAAAACAUCUCCAUUAUAUGACUAUGGUGACUACUACAGUAAAGAUCUUGAUCCAUCUGCAAUUGUCUGUAAUUAUGGAGUUAAUGCAUCGAGCAUCCUACCUGUGUUAUACUCUCUGUUCUUCGUGUUGGGCCUGCUGGGUAACCUGCUGGUGUUAUGGGUGAUCUUAAUGGGUGUAAAGCUGAGAAGCAUGACUGACAUCUGUCUCCUGAACCUGGCUUUAGCUGAUCUGCUGCUGGUCUCCUCUCUCCCGUUCCUGGCUCACUAUGCCAGAGAUCAGUGGGUCUUUGGAGGCCCCAUGUGCACCAUGGUUUUAAGCGUCUAUCACAUUGGAUUCUACAGUGGGAUUUUCUUCAUUGUGCUGAUGAGUGUUGACAGAUAUUUAGCUGUGGUUCAUUCUGUGUUUGCUUUGAGAGUCAAAGCAAAGAUAUAUGGGAUCUUAGCCAGUGUGGUCAUCUGGAUCAUUGCUGUUGCAGCAUCGUUUCCUGAGCUUAUGUACCUGAAAACCUAUGAUAACAAUAAUAAAACAUACUGUCAUUCUUAUCCAACAGGUGAUCAGAAAUCUCACCAUUAUGGAAAGACUGUUGGUAUCAUUAAGAUGAAUGUUUUAGGAUUAUUUAUUCCACUGUGUGUAAUUGGAUUUUGUUAUUCAAGAAUUCUUUACAGACUCUUAACAGUUCGCUUUUCCAGGAAACAAGCUAUGAGACUUGUCAUUGUAGUGAUGGUUGCCUUCUUCUGCUGUUGGGCUCCAUACAAUAUUGCAGCUUUUGUGAAAGCAUUGGAGUUAAAUUAUCUUAUAGAGACAUCCUGCGGAAAAAGCAGAGCAAUCACUCUUAGUCUUCAGAUCACAGAAGCUCUGGCUUACUCACACAGCUGCUUAAAUCCCAUUCUCUAUGUGUUUGUAGGAGAGAAAUUUAGAAGGCACCUUUUUAGACUCCUGUACAAAACACCCAUCAGCAGAUUACAAUUCACAAAGAGAUACCUUACACAGGCUACAGGAUCUGUUUAUUCACAGACAACCAGUCUGGAUGACAAAUCUAUAGCAAUGCGAAGUGAGAUAUAAUCAGUUUAGGGAAUACAGACAAAGAAAAUAAAUAAGGCUCAAUAAUGUUUUUAUUACAGUAUUUUUAGCAGAAUGGGCUCAUCUUCUUGUUUAGCCUUGACCCUAAAGUACCUGCCAACUACCAUCCCAUCUCCAAUCUUCCUUUCCGGUCAAAGGUGUUGGAAAAGGUAGUUUCUGCCCAACUUCACAACUAUCUCAUAACACACAGUCUUAACGAGAAGUUCCAAUCUGGUUUUCGCUCUGGCCAUAGUACAGAAUCUGUCCCGGUCAGGGUCACAAAUGAUCUGCUGAUGAUGGCUGAUGCUGGCUUUCCCUCACUUCUUAUCCUUCUUGACCUCACCGCAGCAUUUGACACUGUGGACCACCACAUCUUGUGUCACCGCCUUCACUCCUCCAUUGGACUCUCUGAACUACUCUGGCCUGGAUUACAUCAUAUCUCACGGACAGAACAGAGUAUGUAUCACUGGGUUGUGCUAAAUCGGACACACACUUUGUUACCUGUGGUGUCCCUCAAGGAUCAGUCCUUGGCCCCAUCCUCUUCAUGCUGUACAUGCUCCGCCUUGGUCGUGUCAUUAGCCCGCAUGGAAUAUCUUUCCAUUGCUACGCUGAUGACACCCAACUUUACAUCAAAACAAACCCAACCCCCUCUACAGACCUUUCUACACUUUCCACUUGCCUGGAGGAGAUAAAGAAAUGGAUGACGGCUAACUUCCUGCAAGUUACCUGACUUUUGAGGCCCUCAUUAAACAUCUCUGCAAAACCUCCUUUUUCCACCUCAGGAACAUUGCAAAACUCUGCCCCAUACUCACUCUCACUGAUACUGAAAAACCUGUCCAUGCCUUUGUCUCUUCCAGGCUGGAUUAUUGCAACGCACUUCUCAUCUGGAUCCCUCGCAAGAACAUCCAACAGUUGCAGUACAAAACUGUGCUGAAGGAUCCUGAUGGGGGUACGGAAGUAUCAACAUAUCACACCCAUCCUCAAAUCCCUCCACUGGCUUCUUGUUCAGUACAGAAUUGAAUAUAAAAUUUCCCUUUUGACUUACCACCCUUAUACCUUAAACAACUCAUCACUCCCCUUUCCUCCUCACGCCAUCUCCGCUUUGGACAGGCCAAUCUCUGCCAGCCUCUGAGGACAAGGCUUCGAACAAUGGGUGACUGUGCCUUUUGCUCAGGAGCACCCAGUUUGUGGAACACUCUCCCUGUCCAUCUAAGGGCCCCACAGUGAUUCAUUUCAAGAUGAAUGUUUAAAAUAACUCAGCAUUUUUAGAUUUAUCUGUUACAAUUGCAUGCUUUGUUAAGAAAUCCUAAAUAUGGGCAUUUUUGAGUAUUUGUUAUUUGUAAAUGUAUCUGUAAAUAUUUGUAUAAUAUUUUAUAUUUUUAUACUUAUGCUUAAAUUUGUUUUUAUUUUUUAAGGCAAUUUUGUAUAAAAACUAAGUUAAACAAUAUGAACUUGUUUUUAUAAGUUAUGUCAACUUAUCACAAGUCAAAACUUAAAAUAGUAGGUUCCAUUGACUUGCAAAAUCAAGUUGUUUUAAGUUCAUGCUGCAUUUUUGACGGUGUAUAGUAACAGUACAGUAUAGUUCUCAUAUCAUUUAAGUGAUACUGUAGGCUUUGGCUUUUACUGUUGAUACUGUUGGCUUUUUUUUCUUUAGCUACAAUACAUGCAAAAAUACUUUUUUUGUUUCUUUGUUUAUUAC